AUGACUAACUUAAGUAAUGAGAAGGUGGCAAUUGUGACUGUUUCGUUAAAUAGUAUUUCUGAGAGUAGAGGGGGUUAUGAGAUGUUUUUUAAAUCAAAUCCUAAAGAUAAUGAGGAUAUUCCAUUUCUAUAUGCUGCUGCAAUUGAAAAAUCAAAAAAAGCCAAAAUAGAAAGCUAUGUGGAAAAUAUUGUUUUUAGAUAUAGCGAUAUGGACUUUAGGUCUCAUUUUCAUCUUUCUAGAAGCACUGUCGAACUUUUUAUUAAUACUAAAGCACAUAACAAACAUUUCUUAUUAGAAAAAUUCGAACCAUAUAACAUAUAUGCUCCUGUUUUAGCUGGAGUUUCAGAAGACAGCGACUACACCAGUGAUGUUAGUUACCCCACUGGCCAACACCCAAGUGCCUCUGCCCACCAUCCUAAUAGUUCUGCUUCUCAAUUUGGUGGUCCCGCAGUAUUAACAAGAAGGGCGUCGGAAUAUGCUCCUCCUGAACCAGAAAACGUCAGUCCAUAUGAUCAAAAUAGCUCUUAUAGAAAUAAUAUGUAUGUUAGGAAUGAAGACGUCAACAUGACUUACGGACAUUCAAAUUCAAAUCGGAGUGGAUACAGUUAUGGGAGAAGUACUGUGAGUCAACAGAGUACUGAAGAAUAUGAAAAUCACACAAGCUAUCCAGUAAAUGAGAGAAAUAUGGGAUCAAAUGCACAAUUUUGGGAAGAAGAAGAAGAUGAUGAUCCUGAAGAAGCAUUACGUAGAGCGAAAAUGAAAGAAUCUGAUCGUUGGACAAAACGUAGGCGUAGUUUAGACAGGCAGCUGGGUUUUGAUGAUGGGCCUGUGGAAGAUCGAACUGCAAAUAAUUACAAUAGAGAUUCAUAUAAUUAUCAAGAUAGUGUUGAUGUUUAUAGACAGGAGAGUUAUGAAAGUUAUGGAGACAGUCAUGAAGAAACAAUUGUACAUGAAAAUAAAGUCUGGGAAGGGAAAACAGAACCAAAGCAAAUUUAUGAGCAAAAAAUUCCUCCGCAUGAACAAAAAGCUAUGUAUAAUCCAAAUGUACAUAAUAAAGUUGUUUUAAAAGAACCAUAUAGAAACCAUCCUGUUAGCAAAGAAAAUAUUCCAAAAGAUUCUUAUGGAAGAAAUGAAAUGUAUGAUCAUCCAUAUCCUAAUAAAACAACACAUAAUAGAAAUGAAAUGAUGGAAAAGAAUGUUCGAAAAGAUAUGGCUAUAAGAAAUGAUGCAUUUGGAAGAAAACCAGAAAUUGUUCAAAAUGAAGGAUUUCCUAGAAAAACAUUGCCCCAAAUUCCUCCUGUAAGUCAUAGACGUGAAGUACAUGAUCGGAAUAAAGAUCAUAGACAGCCAGCAUUUGAUAGAAAAGAAAUCCCACGCAAUGAAAAAGAUCAUAGGCAUGAUACAUUUGAAAGGAAAGAAGUAUUAUAUAAUGAGAGAGAUCAUAGGCACAAUACUUUUGAAAGAAAGGAAGUAUUAUAUAAUGAAAAAGACCACAGGCACAAUGCUUUUGAGAGAAAAGGUAUUCCAUAUAAUGAGAAAGAUCACAGGCAUGAUGCUUUUGAAAGAAAAGAAGUCAUACAUAAUGAAAAAGAGCACAGACUUGAUAAUUAUGAAAGAAAAGAAGUAAUAUACAAUGAGAAAGAUCAUAGACAAAAUGCUUAUGAACGAAAGGAACCUAUAUACAAUGAUAAAGAGCAUAGGCAUGAUGGUUAUGAGAGGAAAGAUGUCUAUAAAAAUGAGAAAGAUCAUAGACAUGAAACUUAUGAAAGGAAAGAAGCAUUAUAUACUGAUCAAGAUCAUAGGCCUGAAAUAUAUGAUAAAAAGGAAAUUCAUUAUAAUGAGAAGAAUCAAAUACAUGAAACUUACAACAAAAAGGAAGUAUUAUACAAUGAUAAGGAACAUAGACCUGAAGCAAUUAGUAGAAAAGAUGUCCAUACUAAUAAAGAGCAUAGAUUUGAAACAUAUGAAAAGAAAGAGACAUUACAUAAUGAAAAAGAUCUUAGGCAUGAGAAAAAAGAGAUGUUUAAUGAAAAAGUUCAAAGACCAGAAAUGCACAAUAGAAAUGAGUUUGUUCAUGGAAAUAAAGAGCAAAGACAUGAAAUCUAUGAUAGAAAAGAUGCUUUAAUUAGUGAUAAAGAUCAUGUACAAGAAAUGCAUGAAAGAAAAGAAGUGAGAAUUGAUAAUGAACAUAGGCCUGAAAUGUAUAAUAGAAAAGAUGUCUACAAUGAUAAAGACCAUAGACGUGAAAUCCAUGACAGAAAAGAAAGUUAUAAUGACAAAGAACACAGACAAGAUUUUGUAGAAGAUAUUCAUGAAAGAAAAGAUGCAUAUAGUGAAAGGGAUUAUAAACCAAAGCAACAACAUGAUAAGAAAGAUGCAUAUAAUGAGAAAGAUCACAAACAUGAAUUAUCAGAGAGAAAGGAAGUAUUUAAUGAUAAGGAUCACAGGCAUGACAUGCAUGAAAGAAAUGAUAAAACUGUUAGACACGAAUUGUGUGAUAUAAAUGAAAAAGACCACAGACAAGAAAUUCAUAACAGAAAAGAGAUGAUGAAUGGAAAAGAGAUACAUAAUAGAAAUGAACUGUUUGAUAAAAAAGAUGUAGUUGUGAAAGAAGCACAAAACAAACAUGAAAUAAUUGAAGAAGCAAAUGAUAAAAAUGCAUAUGACAGAAGAGAACUUUAUAAACAUGAAGACAGUAAGACUACAGAUGAAGAUUAUUAUGAAAAUCAAUGGGAAAGUCAGGAAGAGCCAUUACAAGAAUCAAAAAGUGAAUGGGAUAGUAUGGAAAAAGAGGAGGAAAUAAUAGAAGAUGAUGAAGAAGAAGAAGAAGAACAAGAACAACAACAAACUGAAAUUAUGAGGCCAAGUGCAGCAAAGGUAUCGCCUAACAACGAAACUUCUUUAGAGACUUCAGCAGUUCCAGAAAUUGAACCCAUAAGAAUAGAGCCAGCAAUACCAGAAUUAGUUACAGCAGAUGGUCAAAUGUCUCGAGCAAAGAUUCGAUGGAUCACUGCCUUCAACAAAAUAGUAGCACAAUUAAAUGAGGUAAAAUUUUCUUUUAUUGAUUAA